GAUUUAAAAGGAAAAUUCAUUAUUGAAGGCUUUCCCGAUCUAGUGUCGCUAAAUCUCGGUAAUAACGAAUUAGAAGAUGUAGAGAUAAAGAAUUGCCCUAAAUUAGAAGAAGUAAUUGUUUCACACAACAAACUAACUAAUUUAGAAAUCAAAGAUUGCCCCGAAAUAACGGAUUUGUAUACUAGUUUUAAUCAGUUAACCAAAUUAGAUGUCAGUGAACUAAAAAAAUUAGAGAUACUUUCUUAUUGCUGUGAGGAAAAAGAUUGUCUCAAAAAACCUUGUCUUUGUAAAUCAAAUGCUCCUUGCCACUGUAAUAAAUUCUCUGAGGAAGAAAAAAAGAAGUUAGAUUUGGGUUUACCGAGCAAAAGAGAAAACUCCCGGAAAUUUGAGGGAUUCGAGAGUAUUGACGACUUUCUUGAUAAAAAUAAAUUCGUUGAUAAUCACGAAAUUACUGAAAUUGAUAUCAGUAAUUUAGCCAAAUAUUUAUCUUUUAGACAUAAUAAAAUUGAAGAGAUCGAUGUAGCGUUUUUACUUAACCUAGAAGGUUUAUAUUGUUCUGGUAACCUUUUGAAGAAAUUAGAACUUAUUGAUAACAAAAAAAUGAAGCACCUAAACUUAAAAGAAUUGUAUUGUGCCAAUAAUUGUGAAAUUGAAAUUUCAGGAGGUGUAAUUUUAGGUUGUUCUGGUUUAAAGGAAAUAACAGGUCUAAAUACUUGUGAAAAUUUGAUAGAGUUAGACUGUGCUGAAAACCUCUUUAAAAAACUAGACAUUGAUGGUUUAAAAAACUUAGAAUUUGUUUCUUGUAAAUUAUGUAACCUUACUUCUUUAGAAGUAAAAGCAUGCAGUAAACUAACUUAUUUAGAUUACAGUGACCAACAUCUAGGAAAAUAUUUUGACAUUGAAAAUUCUGAAGAUGAAGAUGAUAAAAAAACUAAAACAAAACUAGAAGAUUGCCCCAACCUAGAAAGGCUUAUUUGUAACAAAGAACCCAUUCCGGAAUCAGAAAUAGAAAACUUCCCUAAACUACGAGUUUUAACCGUAGACAACAACGAUGUUCCUUGA